CCGCCCCCCUCCCCUGCCCACCUCCCGCCGCCCUCCCUUGUUCUCGCCUGCCCGGCUGCACGCCGCCGCCGCGGGCGCGGAGGAGGAGGAGAGCGCGGAGGUCCCAGGGCCGGCCCGGCCCCGCCGCGGCGCCUCCUUCCCUCACCCUGAGCCGCAGCGCGCGGCGCCGGCCGAGGGCGAUGGGGCUGGGCUGAGGCGAGGCGGCGGCGGCGACAGCGGCGGCCGGGUCCCCCCGCGGCCCCUGGGGCUGGUCCGGUCGCGAGGGAGGCCGCGGAGGAGGCGGCGCGGCGGCGGCCAGUGAGCGGCCCCGAUCUGACAGACAUCCCUGAAUCUUGGUGUUUGGACAUAGAAGUGAUCUUCCAUUGUUUUGAAGCACAAGACCUUUAAACCACUGUAGGUAUGGACAAGGAAGAAAGGAAGAUCAUCAAUCAGGGUCAAGAAGAUGAAAUGGAGAUUUAUGGUUACAAUUUGAGUCGCUGGAAGCUUGCCAUAGUUUCUUUAGGAGUGAUUUGCACUGGUGGGUUUCUCCUCCUCCUCCUCUAUUGGAUGCCUGAGUGGCGGGUGAAAGCGACCUGUGUCAGAGCUGCAAUUAAAGACUGUGACGUAGUGCUGCUGAGGACUACUGAUGAAUUCAAAAUGUGGUUUUGUGCAAAAAUUCGCGUUCUUUCUUUGGAAACUCACCCAGUUUCAAGUCCAAAAUCUAUGUCUAAUAAGCUUUCAAAUGGCCAUGCAGUUUGUUUAACUGAGAAUCCCACUGGAGAAAAUAGGCACGGGAUCAGUAAAUAUUCACAGGCUGAAUCACAACAGAUUCGUUAUUUCACCCAUCAUAGUGUAAAAUAUUUCUGGAAUGAUACCAUUCACAAUUUUGAUUUCUUAAAGGGACUGGAUGAAGGUGUUUCUUGUACGUCAAUUUAUGAAAAGCAUAGUGCAGGACUGACAAAGGGGAUGCAUGCCUACAGAAAACUGCUUUAUGGAGUAAAUGAAAUUGCUGUAAAAGUGCCUUCUGUUUUUAAGCUUCUAAUUAAAGAGGUUCUCAACCCAUUUUACAUUUUCCAGCUGUUCAGUGUUAUACUGUGGAGCACUGAUGAAUACUAUUACUAUGCUCUAGCUAUUGUGGUUAUGUCCAUAGUAUCAAUCGUAAGCUCACUGUAUUCCAUUAGAAAGCAAUAUGUUAUGUUGCAUGACAUGGUGGCAACUCAUAGUACUGUAAGAGUUUCAGUUUGUAGAGUAAAUGAAGAAAUAGAAGAAAUCUUUUCUACUGACCUUGUGCCAGGAGAUGUCAUGGUCAUUCCAUUAAAUGGGACAAUAAUGCCUUGCGAUGCUGUACUUAUUAAUGGUACCUGCAUUGUAAAUGAAAGCAUGUUAACAGGAGAAAGUGUUCCAGUGACAAAGACUAACUUGCCAAAUCCUUCGGUGGAUGUGAAAGGAAUAGGAGAUGAAUUGUAUAAUCCAGAAACACAUAAACGACAUACUUUGUUUUGUGGGACAACUGUUAUUCAGACUCGUUUCUACACCGGAGAACUCGUCAAAGCCAUAGUUGUUAGAACAGGAUUUAGUACUUCCAAAGGACAGCUUGUUCGUUCCAUAUUGUAUCCCAAACCAACUGAUUUUAAACUCUACAGAGAUGCCUACUUGUUUCUACUAUGUCUUGUGGCAGUUGCUGGCAUUGGAUUUAUCUAUACUAUUAUUAAUAGCAUUUUAAAUGAGGUAGAAGUUGGGGUCAUAAUUAUCGAGUCUCUUGAUAUUAUCACAAUCACUGUGCCCCCCGCACUUCCUGCUGCAAUGACUGCUGGUAUUGUGUAUGCUCAGAGAAGACUGAAAAAAAUCGGUAUUUUCUGUAUCAGUCCCCAAAGAAUAAAUAUUUGUGGACAGCUGAAUCUUGUUUGCUUUGACAAGACUGGAACUCUAACUGAAGAUGGUUUAGAUCUUUGGGGGAUUCAACGAGUGGAAAAUGCACGAUUUCUUUCACCAGAAGAAAAUGUGUGCAAUGAGAUGUUGGUAAAAUCCCAGUUUGUUGCUUGUUUGGCUACUUGUCAUUCACUUACAAAAAUUGAAGGAGUGCUUUCUGGUGAUCCACUUGAUUUGAAAAUGUUUGAGGCCAUUGGAUGGAUUCUGGAAGAAGCAACUGAAGAAGAAACAGCACUUCAUAAUCGAAUUAUGCCCACAGUGGUUCGUCCUCCCAAACAACUGCUUCCUGAAUCUACCCCUGCAGGAAACCAAGAAAUGGAGCUGUUUGAACUUCCAGCUAUUUAUGAGAUAGGAAUUGUUCGCCAGUUUCCAUUUUCUUCUGCUUUGCAACGUAUGAGUGUGGUUGCAAGGGUGCUAGGGGAUAAGAAAAUGGAUGCCUAUAUGAAAGGAGCACCCGAGGUCAUUGCCAGUCUUUGUAAACCUGAAACAGUUCCUGUAGAUUUUCAAAACGUUUUGGAAGACUUCACUAAACAGGGCUUCCGUGUGAUUGCUCUUGCACACAGAAAAUUAGAGUCAAAACUGACAUGGCAUAAAGUACAGAAUAUUAGCAGAGAUGCAAUUGAGAACAACAUGGAUUUUAUGGGAUUAAUUAUAAUGCAGAACAAAUUAAAGCAAGAAACCCCUGCAGUACUUGAAGAUUUGCAUAAAGCCAACAUUCGCACCGUCAUGGUCACAGGUGACAAUAUGUUGACUGCUGUCUCUGUGGCCAGAGACUGUGGAAUGAUUCUACCUCAGGAUAAAGUGAUUAUUGCUGAAGCAUUACCUCCAAAGGAUGGGAAAGUUGCCAAAAUAAAUUGGCAUUAUGCAGACUCCCUCACACAGUGCAGUCAUCCAUCAGCAAUUGCCUCAGAGGCUAUUCCAGUUAAAUUGGUCCAUGAUAGCUUAGAGGAUCUUCAAAUGACUCGUUAUCAUUUUGCAAUGAAUGGAAAAUCAUUUUCAGUGAUACUGGAGCAUUUUCAAGACCUUGUUCCUAAGUUGAUGUUGCAUGGCACCGUGUUUGCUCGUAUGGCACCUGAUCAGAAGACACAGUUGAUAGAAGCAUUGCAAAAUGUUGAUUAUUUUGUUGGGAUGUGUGGUGAUGGUGCAAAUGAUUGUGGCGCUUUGAAGAGGGCACACGGAGGCAUUUCCUUAUCAGAGCUCGAAGCUUCAGUGGCAUCUCCCUUUACCUCUAAAACUCCUAGUAUUUCCUGUGUGCCAAACCUUAUCAGGGAAGGCCGUGCUGCUUUAAUAACUUCCUUCUGUGUGUUUAAAUUUAUGGCAUUGUACAGCAUUAUCCAGUACUUCAGUGUGACUCUCCUGUAUUCUAUCUUAAGUAACCUAGGAGACUUCCAGUUUCUCUUCAUUGAUCUGGCAAUCAUUUUGGUAGUGGUAUUUACAAUGAGUUUAAAUCCUGCCUGGAAGGAACUGGUGGCACAAAGACCACCUUCGGGUCUUAUAUCUGGGGCCCUUCUCUUCUCCGUUUUGUCUCAGAUUAUCAUCUGCAUUGGAUUUCAAUCUUUGGGGUUUUUUUGGGUCAAGCAGCAACCUUGGUAUGAAGUGUGGCAUCCAAAAUCAGAUGCUUGUAAUGCAACCGGAAGCCUGCUUUGGAAUUCUUCACACUUAGACAAUGAAACCGAACUUGAUGAACAUAAUAUACAAAAUUAUGAAAAUACCACAGUGUUUUUUAUUUCCAGUUUUCAGUACCUCAUAGUGGCAAUUGCCUUUUCAAAAGGAAAACCCUUCAGGCAACCUUGCUACAAAAAUUAUUUUUUUGUUUUUUCUGUGAUUUUUUUAUAUGUUUUUAUAUUAUUCAUCAUGUUGUAUCCAGUUGCCUCUGUUGACCAGGUUCUUCAGGUAAUGUGUGUACCAUAUCAGUGGCGUGUAACUAUGCUCAUCAUUGUUCUUGUCAAUGCCUUUGUAUCUAUCACAGUGGAGGAGUCAGUGGAUCGGUGGGGAAAAUGCUGCUUACCCUGGGCCCUAAGCUGUGGAAAGAAGAUACCAAAGGCAAAGUACAUGUAUCUGGCGCAGGAGCUCUUGGUUGAUCCAGAAUGGCCACCAAAACCUCAGACAACCACAGAAGCUAAAGGUUUAGUUAAGGAGAAUGGAUCAUGUCAAAUCAUCACCAUAACAUAGCAGUGAAUCAGUCUCAAAAAAAUCGCUGAUAACAGUAUUCAGGAAUACAUGAUAUUAGGAGUUUCUGAUCCUGUGUGUCAGAAUGGCACUAUUUCAGUUUAUGUCCCUUCUGAUAUAGUAGCUUAUUUGAGAGCUAAAAAAAUUCGUAAACAUGAAAACAGAAAAAGAUAUCGUCCUAAUAGUUCAAUUAACAGUAAAAAAAUAAAGUCCUGUAUCUUCAUUCAGUAACCAAAAUAUUACAUACAUUUCCAGAAUUUUCUUGGUUGUUACUCUCAGUGAUAUUCUUUAUAUUGGGUACAGGAGAAGUUUGGUAGGUUUUUCAACAAUAGUUUUUGAGACCAGUUUACCUCUUCACAUAUAUGCUCACAACCCCCUAAAAAAAAAAGUCUGUAUUUAUAUACAGGCUCUAAAUUUGUGAUUGAUUAAAAGAAAGUGAAAAAAAAUUAGCCUCCAGUGAAAAUAUAUUGAAAACCUAUUUUCAUUUGAUUCCAAUAUAAAAAAAAAAGAAUUCUAUAUAAACAUAUGCCAAUUCCCUAAGAUGGUUUAGAGUUAGGAAUGAGUUUUUAUGGUGUUUCUUAUAGAACAACUCAGGUAAUUUCCAUUUCUGGUUUUAUAAAAAAAAUACAAACUGCCUGGGUUUUAUUUUUCUAAUCAGCAAGGUGCUUCACUGCCUUCUUGAGACGCCUCUCAAAGCUAUUAAAUGGCUCCUGUGCUAUGUGUGGUGUCAGUAGUCUAAUUUGCUUCUGUUAAAUGUUGUAGAACCUUUUUCACUAGGAAAUAAGAUUCAUUUCUUUUGGCAGUAGAUGAAGAUUCAUCUUUUACUGUUUCUUCAAAUGUGUUUCUGUCAGGCUUUGGAAAAAAAUAAAAGGGUUUUUAAAAUUUCCUCCAAGGUUUCAAAUAACCAAAAAAAAAAGGAAAAAAAUUUUUUUAAGUUAGAAUUUUACCUCAUAAGAUUUUUUUGAGGUUUGAUGUGUGAAAAAAACUUUUCAAUAAUGAGGCUUAAAAAAUAUUGGAUUUGAAUGGCUGCCAUUUUUUCAAAGCAAUAUGAAUUUGAUGAGUUUGUUUUAUGCCAUUAGGUGGCGCCAGAGGUCAGAGAAAAAAAGUUUUGAAUUGGAUUGUUACAAAUAAGCAUAUUUGAUGCGGAAAUUUCUGGGAGACAAAAAAAUUGAGGAAAUAAAGUUAAAAAAUUGAUAUUCAUUGAGCCAAAAGAAAUGUGGAGAAGCAUUUUUCACCUUUCUGUUUGGCCUGAUUAACAUUUAAAUUCUUGCCAAAAUUAAGGUAACUUUAAAAAAAUGCCUUUUGUAGGUAGGAUCCAGCAGUUUGGCAAUGCCCACAGUUAUUGUAACACAGAAAACUGAUAGUGCUGUAAAAUGGACACUAAACUAUUAAAACAGUGUGACAUUGUUCUCUGUUCUUCCAUAGCCAGUAACAUGCUUGCUCGUGCUUUCUACUUCUAGCGAUCAUUCUUUUCCCAACAUAUAUUUACAAAUUUACCAAAUUUUACCUAGAAUUUUAGGACCAAAUGGUUCUCACUCUUUAUGCUGCAAAGACCUGGAUGAUGUUUGGUAGCUAUAGAAAAAUAGAAGUUACACUCAGGAUCACUGUUACUGCUAUUGCCACUGAUGAUUCCUGCAAAAAUAUAAUCGAAGUUUUCCAUCAAAUGUAUAAUAUGCUAUUAAUACACAUUAGAUGAUGACAAUUGUUCCAUGAAUAAUUCUAUGAAGCUAUGCAUCUUAGACCUCUUGAGCUGUGAAUUAGCACUAUUUUCUAUAGUUACUUAUUCUCUGGAUCAUUUUAUAAUUUCCAUAUUAAUUUAAAAAAACCUCGUGUUAUUCUUCAGUGAUUUCCACAAUUGUGCAUUUUAUUCUUUGGUUUAAGUACUGAAGCAUAUAAUGAAAGUAAUUGCUAAGUAGCAGCUUAAAAAUUCAAUUAUCAGAUUGUAUUUAACAUCUUUAAGAGCAUGAUCAUAAAGAGCUAUUUUUGACACCCCCCUCCAAAAAAAUUUAACAUUUAGAGUUAAUAAGGGUUUUAUAUUUCAUCUGUCCAUAUUGUUUUAAAAAAAAUGAGGUGUUUAGGUAGGUGGAAAAGCAUUUGUAGGAAGUUAGAUUUGAAUAUAGACAAGGUGGGUUAUUCACGUUGAGAAUGUUAUUUGAAGAACGCCUGUGAAGCCAGGUGAAAAAAAUACUCAGUGCCAUAGAUAGACUGAGUCUUCUCUUGUAGGUCACCAUUACAUAGAAAAAAAGAUUCUGAAUUUCAUAUUAAAUUAUUUGAGUUUAUACAGACUUAAAUUUUAAAAAAAAAACAUAUAUUAUUUUGAUGUAUUAAGAUGAAUAAAUAUUGCUGAUUUAAAUUUUAAAAAAAAACAUACUUAAAGGACAGAAAUGUCUGGGAAAGUAAUUGUUAAAUAAUGAUAUGAAAAAAAUUAACUUUUUAAAUAAAUAACAAGAUUUUUAAUGUG